AUGGCAGUGAGCAGGGACGGGGCGUACCUCAUCCUGGCCUGCUCCAGUGACAGGAAGCUGCAGAUAGUCAGGCUGUCUGACAUGCGGGAGGGGGCCAUCCAGGAGACCGCCCCGCUGACGUCACUGGCCCUGGCCCCCGGCGGCCGCUACCUGCUGACCAGCCUGCAGAGCCACACGCUGCACCUCUGGGACCUGGGGCCGCUGCUGGCGGGGCGGCCGGGGGAGCUGGCCGCGGCGCUCGACGCCGGAUGCGACCCCCUUGACGCACUACCGUCGGCCCCAGUGGCGGAGUACACCGCCAACGAGGGGCGGCCGGGGCGCUUCGUGCUGCGCAGCGGGUUUGGGGGCGCGGGGGGCGGCUUCGUGGUGCACGGCAGCGAGGACUGCCAGGUGUACAUCUGGCACCGUGACUCGGGUGACCGCCUGCUGACCCUGGAGGGCCACGCGGGCACUGUCAACGCUGUGGCCUGGAACCCUAAGGACCCCUACAUGCUGGCAUCAGCAAGGUAG